UUUCUUCCAUGGCGGCGUCCAUGCAUACGAGGAGACAAUGGAUACAAGUGCCAUCAAGAACCUUUCUGGCACCUCUCCUGACUGAACUGGAACCAAUGUACACACACAGGAACUGAACACAGAUCACUCCCCUGGGGACAGUGAAUGGUGGGAUGCUCGCCGUCCUUAUCAUGCCGUUCGCCUCUGACUCUGAAAUAAUCCCAAUUGUGCAUGGUUGACGUCGCGUGUUUAAGGUGGCCUGCACCCUCUGCACCGUUUGUCGACAGAAAUCAAGGCAUAUUACAUCGACCUGAAGCCCCUGGUUGAUAGCGCUAGUAAAGUCAUGAAUAGCUUCGAUUAGCUGUGUGGUUGUGGACACUCCCUUCCUGAAGCCGUGUUGGUUCAUGCAAAAGAAUCCUAAGCCUUCAAGGAGACAAGGGCUGCCAGCUGCUUAUUAAGGAAGAGGCAAGAUAUACUUUCCAGUGCAUCCGACUCGCAACCCCAGGAAAUGCAGCUCUCUCCAGAGUUCAGUGGUGACCUCCUGAGAGUAAAAUCAGAACCACCCGAUGCUGCAUGCCUGCCACAAGAGGCCCAGAUACAGCAACAGCACUGCAACGAGUAUCCAUCAGGAGGGGCGACACCUGGCAUGUGUCGUAUUAAAGAAGAACCUCGAGAGGACCCUUCAAAUGAACAACCAAUCACAGAAGUGAAGACAGAGCCUUAUAACGUCGCAAUCUUAACAGAUCAGAACCAAAUGGGGCACAGCUGUGGCUCUGCAUCACAAGGUGCAUCACUUGGGAUGUGUCGCAUUAAAGAGGAACCUCAAGAGGAAUCUUGGAAUGAACGUCCAAUGACAGUUGUGAAAACAGAGCCUUAUAACGAUGAAAUCUUGGCAGAGAAGGACCAGAUGGGACACAGCCAUGACUCUGCAUCAGAAGGAGCAAGAGAAAGAACUGGUAUGCUCCCUGUUCAGGACCAGCCCAGAGGAACUGGUGACCGAGCAUCUUCAGGUCCCACUUCUUCAAAUGCGCAGUUCAAGGUUGAUGCAACAACAGCUGGACUGCAAUUCGACAACACAGCACUGGUCACUACGAACUGUCGACCCAUGGAGCAAUCUCUCGAGCAGAGUGAGACUCAAGAGGCAGGCAAAUUAGGGCAGGAGAAAGAAAGGUCGUAUAAGUGCAACGUUUGUUCAACUACAUGCAUCGAGAUUGUCGGCUUGAAAGUUCACCUGAAAAGUGACAACACGAAGACAUUUGCAUGUGACGCAUGUUCCAAGACAUUCCAUCACCAGUCAACCCCGCGAGAGCACACAAACCAUCACACAGGAGAAGGGUUGCAGAAGUGCAGGGCAUGUGCACUUGUAUGGGUGUCCAGGUCACGCAACGGCGAUCUCAGCACUGCAGAGUUCAGCCUGAGCAGGAGCCUGCGGUCUCACAGGCAGAUACACACCCUCAAGAAAGCAUACAAAUGCGAUAUUUGUCCAGCACAUUUCAGCGAUAGCACAAAGCUGCGAUAUCACAGGCGAACGCAUACAGGUGAAAAGCCCUACAAGUGCGAUCUCUGUUCUGCAGAGUUCAGCCAGAGCACAAACCUGUCACGUCACAGGCUGACACAUACGGGCGAGAAGCCAUACAAGUGUGAUCUCUGCCCUGCAGAGUUCAGAGAGAACACGAAGCUGCAGAAACACAGGCGAACACACACGGGUGAGAAGCCCUACAAGUGCGAUCUCUGUUCUGCAGAGUUUAGCCAGAGCACAAGCCUGUCACGUCACAGGCUGACACAUACGGGCGAGAAGCCAUACAAGUGUGAUCUCUGCCCUGCAGAGUUCAGAGAGAGCACGAAGCUGCGGAAACACAGGCGAAUACACACGGGUGAGAAGCCCUACAAGUGCGAUCUCUGUUCUGCAGAGUUUAGCCAGAGCACAAGCCUGUCACGUCACAGGCUGACACACACGGGCGAGAAGCCAUACAAGUGCGAUCUCUGUCCUGCAGCAUUCAGCGAUAACACGAAGCUGCGGAAUCACAGGCGAACACACACGGGCGAGAAGCCGUACAAGUGCGAUCUCUGUCCUGCAGUGUUCAGUGAUAGCACGAAACUGUGGCAUCACAAGCAAAGACACACGGGCGAGAAACCCUGCAAAUGUGAUCUCUGUCCUGCAGAGUUCAGAUAUAGCAGAGGCCUGUCACGUCACAAGCUGACCCACACGGGCGAAAAGCCAUACAAGUGCGAUACCUGUCCUGCAGAGUUCAGGGACAGCUCAAAGCUACGGAAUCACAAGCGAACACACACAGGUGAGAGGCCCUACGAGUGCCAUCUCUGCCCAGCAAAGUUCAGCAAUGGAUCGAACCUUACACAUCACAUGCGAAAGCACACAGGCGAGAAGCCCUACAAAUGCGAUCUCUGUCCUGCAGAGUUCAGACAUAGCACAAGCCUAUCAAAUCACAAACGGGAACACAUGGGCGAAAAGCCGUACAAGUGCAAUCUCUGUCCUGCGGCAUUCAGCGACAGCAAGAAGCUGCAGAAUCACAAGCGAAGGCACGUGGAAGAGAUGGCAUACAAGUGCAAUCUCUGCCCUGCAGAGUUCAAUAAUGGCACAAGCCUGUCAUGUCACAAGCGAACACAUACGGGCGAGAAGCCAUACAGGUGCAAUCUCUGUCCCAGAGCGUUCAGCGAGAGAGCGAACCUUUCACGUCACAAGCGAGCGCACACAGGUGUGAAGCCCUACAAGUGCAAUCUUUGUCCAGCAGUGUUCAGCCGGAGCACGAACUUGUCACGUCACAAACGGACACACACGGGUGAGUAGCCAUUAAAGUGCGACCUCUGUACUGCACAGCUCAGCCAGGGUCACAAGUGGACACACACAGGCCAGAAGUCAUAAAGGUGACCAGCGUCCUGCAGAUUUCACUUGCAGCACGCACUUACAAUGCCACAGGCAGCACUGGUGAUUGCACUAGUGAUAAGCAAGCUAUGCUAUUACUAGAUAUGUAUGUAAUUUCAUUUUCUAAAGUUCCUGUCUGUGACAACAACAACUUUAUUUUGAGAUGGAGUGUGGGGAGAUUCAUCGCCAGAGGCGAUACUCUACGCCAUUGCUGGUAAGGAUGUGGGGAAUAAAAUAAGGAGCCCCUUCACAAUAACGA